AUGAAGUCUUUCGCGGCAAAGGUUGAAGAAGGAAUUAAAGGGGAAGAUGGGAAGCCCUCCGUAGGUCCGGUGUACCGGAAUCUUUUUUCCGAGAAUGAUUUUCCUCCUCGUCAUUCGGAAAUUACCACUACUUGGGACAUUUUCAGUAAAUCAGUGGACAAAUUCCCUAAUAACAAGAUGCUUGGAUGGCGUCCAAUUGUCGAUGAGAAGGUUGGACCGUAUAUUUGGAAAACGUACAAAGAAGUAUACGAAGAAGUUCUGCAGAUUGGCUCUGCGCUACGAGCUGCCGGAGCUGAACCUGGUUGUCGCGUGGGAAUCUAUGGAGCUAAUUGUCCUCAGUGGAUCAUAGCAAUGGAGGCCUGUGCAGCCCACACUCUAAUCUCUGUACCUCUAUAUGAUACAUUAGGUCCCGGAGCAGUUGAUUAUAUUGUUGAUCACGCGGAAGUUGAUUUUGUGUUCGUCCAGAAUACCAAGAUUAAAGGAGUGCUUGAUCCGGAUUGCAAAAGUGCAAAACGACUUAAAGCUAUAGUUUCCUUCACAAAUGUGAGCGAAGAACAGAGCCACAGGGCUUUAGAAAUUGGAGUGAAAGCAUACUCGUGGCUCGAUUUUCUUCUUAUGGGACGAGAGAAGCCGGAGGAGACAAAUCCGCCUAAGCCGUCUAACGUGUGCACCAUAAUGUACACGAGCGGCACGAGCGGCGAACCUAAAGGUGUGAUUUUGACCCACGAAGCUGCCGCAACUUGUGUUAUUGGGUUGGAUCUCUGCAUGGACCAGUUUGAAGACGAGAUGACACCUGACGAUGUGUAUCUUUCCUUCCUACCGUUGGCUCAUAUUCUUGACCGUGCUAAUGAGGAAUACUUCUUUCGAAAUGGCGCUUCCGUCGGCUAUUACCAUGGAGAUUUGAAUGCAUUACAUGAUGAUAUUCAAGAACUGAAACCAACUUUUAUAGCCGGAGUUCCAAGAGUCUUCGAGAGGAUCUAUGAAGGGAUUCAGAAGGCUCUUCAGGAGCUUAACCCAAGAAGGAGACUCAUCUUCUAUGCUCUUUAUAAAUACAAACUUGCGUGGAUGAAUCGUGGGUACUCUCACAGUAAAGCUUCACCCAUGGCUGACUUUAUAGCUUUCAGAAAGAUUAGAAAUCAGUUAGGAGGUCGACUCAGGUUAUUAGUAUCUGGUGGAGCACCUCUGAGUCCUGAGAUCGAAGAGUUCUUGAGAGUUACUUCUUGUUGCUUCGUCAUCCAAGGCUAUGGUCUAACAGAGACGCUUGGAGGAACGACAUUAGGCUACCCGGACGAGAUGUGUAUGCUAGGGACAGUCGGUGUUCCGGCUUUUUACGACGAGAUAAGGCUUGAAGAGGUGUCGGAAAUGGGCUAUGACCCAUUGGGUGAAAAUCCUGCCGGCGAGAUCUGUAUAAGAGGAAAAUGUCUGUUUUCAGGGUAUUACAAGAACCCUCGGCUUACUGAAGAAGUCAUGAAAGACGGAUGGUUCCAUACAGGAGACAUAGGUGAGAUUCUUCCAAACGGAGUACUCAGGAUCAUCGACCGUAAGAAGAAUCUGAUCAAACUCUCACAAGGAGAAUAUGUUGCUCUUGAGCAUUUGGAAAGCUUCUACGGACAAAACCCUAUUGUUCAAGAUAUAUGGGUUUAUGGAGACAGCUUCAAAUCUAUGCUUGUCGCCGUGAUUGUUCCAAAUCCAGAAACCGUGAACCGGUGGGCUAAUGACUUCGGCUUUACUAAACCAUUCGAAAAACUCUGUUCUAUCUCGGAGCUACAAGAACACAUCCUCUUAGAACUGAAGUCCACGGCAGAGAAGCACAAGCUAAGCAAGUUUGAGUACAUUAAAGCGGUGACGGUGGAGGCAAAAUCUUUCGACAUUGAGAGAGGCUUAGUGACUGCGACGCUCAAGAACCAGAGGAAAAAUCUUCUCAAGUUCUAUCAGGUAGAAAUCGAAGAAAUGUACCGUAUAUUGGCGUCAAAGAGGAGCUGAAACUGUUGCGAUAUGUGGGCAACUAAUAAAUAAGAACAUAGGGUGAAACUUUAAAUUCACUUCUCUUCUUAUUACCAAU